AUGGAUAUGCCGGAGGGUUGGAAAGAAGGAUCUCCUGUAAGCUUCAGCAUCGGCGACCAAGACGUUUGGGCCGAGUUUGGCAUAGAGGCUCCUGCCUCCUGGUCACUCGGGUUGAAGAGGAACGUUGCCAUUCAGCUCGCCCAAGGCGAGGUGGUGGCCCACUUCGACGACGAUGACCUCUAUGCCAGCGGGUACCUGUCGUGGAUGCACCAUCGCCUCGAGAAGGUGCGGAAGAAGGCGGAGAAGGACCUCUGCACCUCCACAAAAAAGGAAUCCAGGUUGUGCCCAGUCGCGAUUACGCUCAGGGAAUGGCACUUACUGGAUUUGUCCGACAUGACCUUUGGCUUCAUGGAUGUGGAGAAGGACCCCUUGAUUCCACGAGAUCAGCGUCACGGCUGGCUCUACGGCUGGGGUUUCAGCUACAUGUUCACGAAGAGCUGCUGGGAUUUGGUGCCGGUGCCGGACGUGGAGUGGUCCGAGGACAUCAGCUUUUAUGAGGAUCUGCGGCGCCUGAAGGUUCCAGUGGUAGCAGUCCCAUUGCCGCCCGGCCGCGAGGCAUUGUGCCGGUGCACACAGCUAUCACGCAAAGGUGAACACCAGCGGGGGAGAGCCCAGCACCCUGAUGAGCAAAACGAAGAGAUGGACAUAGGAACAGAUGCUUUGGUACUAGGUUCUCCGGCGCUCUUCGCUGUGGCGAGCCAGUUGGUCAGCAGCUUUGGCCUGAACCUUGGAACUGAAAUCUUGGCGUUGCUGUGGCCGCCAUGGCAUUCCCUGGAAGAGGCGACCGGGGAAAAGCAAGGGUUCCGAGUCAGCUUAUCCGAGAAGAAGGAGUUCAUGCAGUGCCGAGGACAAGCUUGGCAUGGCUUCGCAGGAGUCCAGCUCAAGCUCAGUGAAGCUAUCUCCCACCAGGCAAGAUCCGUUGCUACGUGGCCAGCACCUCGACCGUUUCAGCCUCAGUGA